AUAGGUGUAGCUGGUCACACACAAACGCACACCAUUGUUGUUUUUCUUUUUAUCUUACCAAACGUCAUCACCUUUUGUGCAACAGUAAAAUCUCCACGUCAUGUCUUUUGGUACACUUGUCCUUUAAUACAACUUUUUGAUAUUUUUUAAAGGUGUACAUAGUUUGAUUCAACUUUUAACAAGUGUCAUCUUCUUACAAACGACCUGAUCUACCUUUUUUCAACAAGCAAAUGUCUGUUAGAUGGCGAGCCCCUCCCAUUAGAGUCACUUCUCCUCUGUGGUUGCGUGCCCUGCACUUUUAUGUAUGACUCCAUAGUAACAGGCUGAGAGCCAUGCAAGCUGUCCUGAUAAGAACGUCUGGUUACCACUACCAAGAGGAUGUUGCUGCUGCUGACUGCUCUCAUCAGUCUUCUCUGGUCGGAAGCAAGUCGGUGCUCAGCGGCAGGUGUUAACUUCACCGUGGAAGGAAACAUCCGCCACUUGGUCUCCACACCUAAUGCUGUUUACAUAGCAACAGCAGAGAGGCUUUACCAGCUGAAUCGCGACUUGAGUUUGGUCCAGACUGUGAACCAGAGAGGGGUCCUUAGAGGUAAAAGUGAAACUGCACAGUUUUACAGAGUCACAGAGAAGGAUAAAUGGAAUGCAACCUUCAGCGUCAACGUACUGUUGCCUUUUGUGGUGAAUGGAACUCUCAUCAGCUGCGGUGUGACGGACAAUGAGUGCGGCUACUGUGAGCUGCUGGCCUUGGCCAACAUCUCCAGGGUGCUCUACAGGGAGCACAUCCUGGUGGGGCCUUCUAGGCACACCAGCGCAUCUGUGGCCUUCCUGGUGUCUGUGGCCAGCAAAGGCUUUUACAUUCUGACCGCCAUCAAGCAAAGCAAAGACCAUACCUCACAGAGCAUGUGCCCCUCUUUUUCUGAGACGGUGUACCUCCAUGACACCAUUCACAACCAGGAUAAAAAAGCAAGUAACCAAGGAGGCAUCUUUUCCUUCUCUGGUGAUGGCUCCAACCCACUCUUUAAAAGCAACGGGGAGGCAGAUUUUGUGGAUGGAUUUCAGAUUGAUUCUAUCAUCUAUCUUUUUGCCAAUGUGCCUUCUUCCAAAGCCAGCAGUAACAAAGUUCGCCUCAUAUGGCUCCAGGCCGAAGCAAAGAAAAUUGAUACCAUGAAGUCGCUUCGUGGUGCAUCCCUCAUCAUUCCUGGGAGGAAAAGCAGCAGACUCGUAGCCUCCUCGGUGGUCUUGGCCCGGGCUCAUUCUUCACUCUGGGUUGGUGUGUUCAGUGUGGACGGAGAUCCGACCAACACCGAGCUGGUUCUGUUUGAUAUCACCCCUGAUCUCAACAUAGCAGCAGAUAAAGAUCAAGACUUCUGCAGCGCUGUCUCCUGCAGUGAGAAACACCCUCAGCCCAAAGUGCUGCAGCCUAAGAAGGUGCUCUUCAGGCAGACCUCCAUGACGUCUGUACUGGCUGUGGCACAAGGCACAUGGCUGGUCAUCUUUAUUGGAACAGGGGAUGGCCAGCUCAUUAAGCUAAACGUGGACAAAAACCAUGGCACCACUUGUCCCACAGUGCUUUACUGGACUGAUGACGACAGGAAAGUGUUUCCCAGAAUGCAUCGAGAUGAAGUGGAUCAUAAACAUCUGUAUGUGGCCUUUGGUAACAUGGUGCAGCGUGUGCUUGUGUCAAAGUGCCACACACACGAAACCCUGCGGGACUGCUGGUAUGCACAGGAUCCAAGCUGUGUGUGGUGCAGCACCAAAAACAGUUGCACGUUUAAGGAUGAAUGCCAAAACUCCAACUGGUUGUCCAUUCUGGAUGAUUACCAGCCAAAGAUGAUGUCCUACAGUGUUGAAAAGCUAAGUGGUGGUCAGAUCAAGCUAAACGUUCACACAAACGUGGCUGUGGGUCCAAAUGCAAGCUCCAUCUUUUCCUGUCAUUUCUCCGGAAGUUCUGGCGAGCUUUGCAGCAGGGUCGGCCUUCCCCCUAAGUUCCCAGAAUGCAACUGCAUCAUUCCAAAUGGCACACUACCCAGCAGAGGAAUGAGCGUUGCUGUGAAAAUCAGACUGGCGUCGAUGAGGUUUUCUGAAACAUUAAACAUAAUGGCGUGUUCUGACAUCAAGGGGUCGCCUACUACUGCUCUGUGCCAACGAUGUAUUGAGGUUGGAUGCGCGUGGAGUAAAAACGGCUGUUCCUGGGCUACUGCGGGAGUCAUGAAUGAACGUGUUUGCAAAACAGUACAGUCAGGAAUGAACCUUUUGAAGCCAGAGAUCUCCUCCAUCACCCCCAGCAUUGUGUCUUUCUACGGCCACAACAACGCUGUUAUGUCAGGCUAUAACCUCAGUCAUGUGACCAGGGUGAGGAUCCAGACCAACAUGGACUGCACACCACGGGAGUCUCCAGUGUGGUUCAACACGGGCAUGGACUUGAUGUUCCACAUUCCCGCCAAUGAAGGCAAAGGAACAGGCCGUCUGUGCGCUGUCCUCCCAGAUGGUAGUUGCCACGGGAACAGCACAGUCACCUACAUGUCCUCCCCGUCCUGCACCACUGUCACACCAAGCAGCACCUGGAACAGUGGAAAAAGAAAAAUCACCCUCACAGGAGCCAACCUCGAGGUUGUGGACACUAUCUUGCACAGUCACACCCAGCAGGAAGUCAGCCUCUUCAUAAACAGAAGCUCUCAAAGUCUCACUUACCAUACCCCUGCAGCUCAAAGCACUCAGAGGGCUUUUACCAGUUUUCUAUCUCUAAAAGUUGCCAAUGAGUCGUUGCAAUGCUCCCAGUCCAUCACCUUCUAUCCAGACCCUCAGUUUACAAGCUUCACCUCCAGAAGGACUGGGGAUGGUGUCCGCUUCACUAUACAGAAAAUGUCAGAUAACCUGGAGAUGAGCAUAGAAGAUGUGUCAGCAUUGGGCGUGUAUGAGGGAAAAGACUACCCCUGCAUCAUGAAGAACAAAGAAACCAGCAACCAAACUGACUUUUUCAUCUGUGAAAUUCAAAGCGCACCUGACGCUAAGUUUAAGCAAUUGAAGGUUAUAUACGGAGAUAAAACAGUUACGCUGCAGAAUACGUCACAUCUGCUAACUCUGAUGCUGCUCGUCCUUUUGCUCAUACCGUGCAUUAUACUUGUCGUGGUGAUGGUUUACCGACGCCAGCAGCGGCAGCUCACUGUGAAGAUGAAUAAACGGAUGGAAAAUCUGGAGCUUGACAUCCGCAAUGAUAUCAGACAAGGUUUUGUAGAUCUGCAGACCGAAAAAGCUGACCUGAUGGAAAAUGUUGGCACGAUUCCUUUCCUUGACUACAAGCAUUUUGCGUCCAGAAUCUUUUUUCCUGAGAAUGAAGCUUUGAUGGCGUCGUGUUUAGCAGACGUGGGUCAGGUCUCUGUGAAGGUACAUCUGGACGAGUGUUGCCAGGGCUUGUCCAAGCUGAUCCGGGACCCACUCUUCCUUCGGUCCAUGGUCCACGCUGUGGAGGAGCAGAAGACUUUCACCAUUAAAGACAAGUGUGCAUUGGCGUCCCUGCUGACCGUGGCGCUCCACAGCAACUUGUCGUAUCUGACAGGAGUGAUGGAGGUGCUGCUGAAAGAUUUGAUGCAGAAAAAUAACAACGCUCAGCCCAAGAUGCUGUUGCGGCGCACCGAGUGCACAGUGGAGAAACUACUGACCAACUGGAUGUCCAUCUGUCUCUAUGGCUUCUUGAGGGAGAGCGUUGGUCAGCACUUGUUCCUGCUGGUGAGCGCCCUAACGCAGCAGAUCGCCAGAGGACCGGUGGACUGUGUGACGGACAAAGCGUUGUACACGCUCAGUGAGGACUGGCUACUGUGGCAGGCUCAGGACUUCAGCUCAUUGAGGCUGAAGGUGUUGUUUGCGGUGGGCAGUGACGGGGGCGUCAGCGAGCCUCUGGAGGUCAUCACCCUCAGCUGUGACACAGUGGAGCAGGUCAAGGAGAAAAUCCUAACCACCUUUAAGGCCAAGUUUGGUUUCCCUUACAGCAGCCCUCAAAGGAGUGUUUAUCUUGAGUUAGACAUGGAUGGAUCUUUCAUUGCUCUUGAGGAGGUCGAUUCAAGCUCCCAGGUUAUCGGGGAGGUGACCAUGCUCAACACACUCAAGCACUACAAGGUUCCAGAUGGAGCCACAAUCAAAGUGCUUUCAAAACCACCUUCUCACAGCCCCCAGCCGAGUCUGAAAGAUGAUCAGGACUUCUCAGGGAAAUACUUCCAUUUGAUUGAUCCUGAAGUGGAUGAGGACCAAACAAAGAGCCCAGAGAGGAAGAAGUUAAAACUGAAGGAAGUGCACCUCACUAAGCUGCUCUCAACAAAGGUGGCAGUGCAUUCGUUUGUAGAGAACCUGUUCCGGUCUGUGUGGGGGAUGCCUCACUGCAGAGCGCCACAGGCUGUCAAAUACUUCUUUGACUUCCUGGACUCUCAAGCCGACAACAUGAAGAUCCCCGAUCCAGAUGUGCUGCACAUCUGGAAGACCAACAGUUUGCCUCUGCGCUUUUGGGUGAACAUUCUGAAAAAUCCCCACUUCGUGUUCGACAUGGACAAAAGUCCACACUUGGACGGCUGCUUGUCCGUCAUCGCUCAGGCCUUCAUGGACUCCUUCUCCCUCAGCGAGAUACAGCUGGGGAAGCACGCACCCACCAACAAGCUGCUGUACGCCAAAGACAUUCCCAAGUUUAAGCAGGAAGUCAAGGCAUACUACCGGCAGAUCCGAGAGCAGCCACCAAUCACACACUCAGACUUCCACCGCUUCCUGCUCGAGGAGUCAAAGAAGCAUGAAAACGAAUUCAAUGAAGCUGCGGCCCUCAAGGAGCUCUACAAGAUUAUUCACAGAUACUUCUCAGAGAUCACAGACAAACUGGAGCUCAAUGGCGCCCCUGCUGAGCUGAAGGAGGAAUUACAUCAAGUCAAGAAGAUGUUUGAUGGACUGAAGAGCUGCUCCUGGGGCUGACACAAACAAGCACAACGUUUUAGCGUAUUUAUAAACAUCUUGUUAAAUUAAAGCUACACAAUACAUUGCAAUGCAACGAUAAAUAUUUGAUUUUUAUAGUUUAAUGGUCUUGCUGUUGUUUUUACUUCCACAGUAUCUGUCAAAGCAGUGAAUUCAAGUACCGAACAUAUUAACAUAGAAACACACUUUUGGAGGUAGCGGGAGAGAAAGAUACAUUGUUUGUAUUCUUAAGAUAGCGUCUUUAUUACAUUUAGCUAGUAUAUUAUUAUUGUUUUGUUUCCCUGGGUAGAGGUGUGCUGUUAAAGAUGAUCUUAUAAAAUUGGUGCAUUUUUAGACUAAGUAUAUGUGUAUACUAAGCUGUGGAAGUGAUGGUCUAGAGCAGGGGUGCUCACACUUUUUCAGCAUGCGAGCUACUUUUAAAAUGACCGAGUCAAGAUGAUCUACCCACUACAAAAAUGCAAAACAUCUAUUUAUUUUCAAAUGUAUUGAGGAUUAUUUGUACGUACAAUGUAUGUUGAUGUACCUUACAUAACCAAAUGAGCCAAUAUUGCAAAACACACAUAAUUAACUAUUAACAUUUUUUGUAAUUACCUGAGUUUACUUUGAUGACUUGCACUGAAUUGAAUCAGCCAGGGAUGCAUAGUCCGGACAGUAGCUGCUGAUAGCCAGGUUAGCCAGGCAAACGCACUUCGAAAAAGACAUUGUGAAAAAAAAGUCCACCUCCCAUUCCGUAUGGGAGUGAUAUGUUUUUGCCUUUUUACUUGGUCCAGCUACUUCACUCAUUUUAGUGACCAUAAACUUUAGCGAGGGCUUAAAAUCUCGCAUUCGCUGACUAGCUUAGCACUUUGCAUCGUUGUUUACGCAUGAGCGGUGACCUAAAGGUCAAAAUUCAGUUGUCAUCUGACUGGUUGUCCUGUAUGUCAAUCAAGUAACGGGGAUGGAUGAUAUUUUUUUAAUGUCACGCCGCGAUCGACCAGCGAUCGACCAGUACCUCCUC